AUGAGUUCACUCGGUGAAGGAAUCAUCCACUUUGCAGUCGACCUGUUCCAACAGAUCAGACAAUCAGAGAAGGGAAAUAUCUUCUAUUCCCCUUUGAGUAUCAUGUCCAGCUUAGCCAUGACUUCCUUGGGGGCCCGAGAACACACCGCAUCAGAAAUCCAGAAGGUCCUGCACGAGAAUGAAAUUGCAGAGAACACAAGAGGAGGAGGAGCUACAAAUGAUCCCGUUGAAAAGCCACGAAAUAUUCAUCAUCAAUUUCAAAACCUUCUGACUGAGUUUAAGAAACCCACUGAUGCCUAUGAGCUGAACAUAGCCAACAGGCUCUAUGGAGAAAAGACUGUUCUGUUUCUUCAGGCAUACAUGGAUAAUGUUAAGGAAUUUUACCUAGCCAGCGUGGAAUCUGCUGAUUUUGUCAAUGCUGCAGAAGAAAGUCGGAAGAUGAUUAAUUCCUGGGUGGAAAGCCAAACUAAUGAAAAAAUCAAGGAUCUCUUUCCCGAAGACUCUGUUGGUGCAUUGACCGUUCUGGUUCUGGUGAACGCAGUCUAUUUCAAAGGGAAGUGGCACAAGGAAUUUAAGAAAGAAAAUACUGGGGAGGAAAAAUUUUGGCUGAACAAGGAUACAAGCAAAUCUGUGCAGAUGAUGAAACAAACUGACCUUUUCAAUUUCACGUCACUGGAGGACAUGCAAGUCAAGAUCCUGGAAAUACCGUACAAAGACCAAGAGCUAAGCAUGUUGCUGCUGCUGCCCAAUGAAGUGGAUGGUCUGCAGAAGCUUGAAGAUCAACUCACUGCUGAGAAGUUAAUAGAGUGGACGAGCCCACAGAAUAUGAACCAGAGUGCAAUGGAGUUACACCUACCUCGGUUCAAAGUGGAUGAGACCUAUGACCUCAAGCCCAUGCUGAGAGCCCUGGGGAUGGUGGACGCCUUCAGUGAGGGGAAAGCCGACUUCUCAGGCAUGAGCAGGGAACAAGAUCUGGUGGUAUCGAAAGCCCUCCACAAGUCCUUCGUGGAUGUGAAUGAAGAGGGUACAGAGGCUGCAGUUUCGACUGGAAUAGAAAUUAGUAUAAGACUAACACUACAGGCAGACAGUUUCCACUGUGACCACCCUUUCCUGUUCCUCAUCAAGCACAACAAGACCAACAGCCUCCUCUUCUAUGGCAGAGUCUCUUCCCCUGAGGUGUGA